CUCUGUAAACAGCCACAAACAUUCAGUGAUCAGCCUGACAGAGGAUGUGAUAGUGUAUUCUGUUCUGUGACACUCAGAGGGAACCAGGUACCAUCUAUAUACUGCAAUACGCUAGAAGAACCAUGUCGGCACAUCGAUCAGAACUUGGAGGCUUUGUCACUAUAGCUCAAGGUGGUCCACAAAAUAUUGUACCUCCAGAGACACAAAAAAAUAAUGCUCCAACCACAACACCCAAACCACUGAUAAAAUUUUUCCAAGGUGAACCUGAAUCUCUUGGGGUGACCCAGAUAGUUAUAGGAAUAACUCAGAUUGUACUUGGCAUUGUACUGACUGUUAUAUGCCACAAGGGACGCUGUGCUGUCUUCGACAUUUUCAUUUAUUCUGGUGUGACUUAUUGGUCUGGCACAAUGUAUAUCAUUUCGGGAUCUCUAUCAGUUGCUGCUUCUUACAAACCAACUGUAGGAAAGGUGAACUCAAGCUUGGUUCUAAACAUAAUCAGCUCCGUAGCAGCAGCUAUAGCGAUGAUAAUAUUCUGUAUAUUUUUCCCACACACGUCAAUGUCCUAUUAUUAUUACCUGUCCUUUGACACUGUGCUUUGUGCAUAUUACCAGCCAAGCCAAGACUGCGAUGGGGAAUUCCGGCCUCUGCCUCUGCUCCUAGGCAUCGUAUCGAUUCUAUUUAUUCUCACUGUACUGGAGUUCUGCGUCGCCUUGUCUACAUCUGUUUUUGGAUGCAAAACUGUGUGCAGGACGUCUUACAAUGAAGUGGCUGUUGUUGUUUAUCACACGGCAUCUGCGAAUGUUCCCGGCCAAUCCGCUGUCCCCACCACAACUGCAUUGUCUUCUGAUGAAGAGCUUAGGUCACAGUGACGGAUCACAGUGUUAUCUAUCUUCCAGCAUUCUGUGAUUAUAUACACAGUAUUGUACACUGCCCUGUUUCAUGCUCUGAUCUUUUACCUUUGAUAACUAUGACUUCUCUUGUACUGUAUAGGUCAGUGGUUCCCAAACUGUUUUGCGUCAUGGCACCCUAGAGUAUCAGAAUGUUUUUCACCCCACCCCUAGGCCAAUAGUUUCCUAACGUGAAAUUCAUUAAAAAAAUAUGUAAAUUGUGUUUAUACGUCAUCCUUAGGGUCCGCCGCUUGUACUGUUGGCUAAAGAGGAGGGGUCCGUGCAGAGACUGCACUUAGCCCCCCUCCUCACUAAUAAGGGCCCCUCCUUGCUUAAUAUGCUGCUGCAUAGAGGGCCUAAUUCUUUCUAGUAUUUGGAGGUACACCAAUGUCUCUAUAGUGAUUUUUAACUAUCUCUUAUAUAUUAGCCCAGAUCUGUCACUCUGUGACUGUGUGGCUAGCGAUGGGCAGAGAUAGAGCCAUACAGUCACAGCAUCUGCAGGGAGCUACACCAUGCCCUGUGCCAGCAGCAGACUGACGAACAAGGUGGCCAGUGACACUACCAACUCACAGUAGAGGGAGGUGACCAUGCCUAGCCGGUGCAGCAGCGAGGGGUACACCAUGGCCAGGCAGCAUCUGCAGGGAGGGGAACACCGCGGAUACGGAGGGUAGUUGCAGGCAGCAUGUGGCCGCCCGCAGCUCCUCUACCGGGUACAUACCAUGGCUAGCGGAUCACACCCACACCCCAGGCCAGGGGGUGCUAGGUCAUGCACCGAUAUAUGAGUACCUGCCGCAGACAGACAUGGAGGUGCCAUGCUGGGCGGCAAGGAUGGAACUCUCACCAAUGACCAUUGCUGUUGCACCGAAGCUCCCUCAGUCUGCAGACUUAUCCUGGGAUGUAGUAACCUCUUCCGCAGCAGAAAAAACCCUCUCUGCAUCUCCCACUGGCUGGCACAGCCCUUCACUGACAGUUCCUGUAGUUUACGCAUCUUCCGUUCUGCCUCCUCACUGCCGUGGACACUUUAAUCUCUGCGUUGUCUCUUGACUUGCGCAUCAUGCGCAUAUCAUACAGUCUUCCGUCAUGCGCACACUGGACUGUGGAACGACAGAAGGAGGGAGGCUGGGUCAUAUGUGCAUGCGCAAGAGACAACACACAGAUCAGAGUGGCCGCGGCGUGGAGGAGGCGCAAUGGGAGAUAAGAAAACUACAGGGACUGGGAGCGAGGGACAGCGCCGGUCAGUAGGGGGACACAAAACGGGGUCUUUCCACAGCAGAACAGGUUAGUGCAUCCCGCCCUAGGGACGCCCAACUCAUACAGUCACAUAUCUGGCCUAUGCAACUUUUUGCAGGAGUCUCAAACACUGACGCACCUGAUACCCUCAGAUCACGCUAUAUGUCUGUCCACAGCCUGCUGUGCCUAUUACCCAUCCACAGCAGCACAUCCGCCCCUCCACCACCCUCAACACUGACCCACACAUCACUCACCCACCUGAGGCACCCACCCACAUGCCCUUACCCCACCCACGGCUCCCUUACACCCGCACCUCACACAGUCGCAACACCUUCACACCUGCCCCUCCACCAAACACUCCACCCCCGCACCAACUUCUCCCCCACCCACAGCACCACUCCUCCAGUUCCUCCCACAACACAAACAUUCACGCUCCCUACCCCAACCCCUGCCUACCCAAACCCAAAUUGAAUAGCAAAAAGCUGCUUUCCCAGGUUUUACCAACGGUAAUAAGUCUUGCCACCUACUGGGCGGCUAAUUGAAUUUGCCCCUAUGUAUUUAUUUCUUGUAACUGGACUAUCUACUAGAAUCAGUCUCACCUGACAUCCACAAUGGUGUUGACACUGGAGUUUUUGCCAGUCAGUCUGAUGUUCUAUUCUAUACAUUCAUUAUUCUCCAGGAACUUCUGUCUGUAAGUCAGCAUGAGAUAAAAGAUAAUUGGAGUAUGGUUAUCAGGGUGACCAGCAAGUACCAGGAUGUAUGGUAUGAGAAAUGAUGUAUACACAUGUUUCUCAGCUGCCUUAAUGGUUCAUUAUUUUUUUUUAUAUACUGUAUAAACACAUAAAUCUGUGACCACUUUCUCUGAGUGCUUAGUGAUUGUUUUAUCUUGUUUAUUAAUUAGUUUACCUGUAGCAUAUACUGUAAGUCUCCUACAUGUGUGACCCAUCGGUCUUCUAUUGGAGUCCACCGGAUUGUAACACACUAUCUUUUUGGAAGGUUUUCAUAUGACUCUUCUUUGGACAUCUUGGGGGAUAUUUGAUAAACAUAAUUAUCUCAAAUAAUCAGGAAAUUGUAAUAUUUAUGUUUUCUGGAGAUGGAGACAAGUUUCUCUCUUCUCUAGUGGCAGCUGCAACGCAGACCACAAUUCAAAUAGGAGAGCCACACCAACUGCCACCCUAAACACUGCCAGACAUCGCUGUCCGGGACUCACUGGCAGUUGGUAUAGUUCCCCUAUUUGAAUUGUGGACUGCGCUGCAACUGCCACUGGAGAGAAAAUAUUUAUCUCCAUCUCCAGAGAACAUAAAUAUCAACAUUUUCCAGCUAUUAUGAGAUAAUUAUGUUUUAUUAAAUAUCCCCCUUUGUCGUUUUACGUGACAGACUCAUAUAUAAAACCUUUGCAUGGAUUGUGUUCAAAUAUAGACCCCUACAAUCAUGUAGACCCUGAUAUAUUCACGGAUACCCUAUAUAUUGACACGGAUACCCUACAUCAAGAAACAAUGAUAAGGGAUCAAAGGGCAGAUGUAUCAAACAUUCUAAAAAAGAGGACAGCUGGAGCAGUUGCCUAUAGCAACCGAUCACCUUCUAGCUAUCGUUAAUCUAGUACAUUAUAUAAAAUAAUAGCUACAAACCGAUUUGUUGCUACAGGCAACUACUGCACCUGUCCUCUUAAGGUUUGAUACAUCUCUCCCCGGUCCAUGAUUAGUGUGGUUUGGCAGGGACACAGCACACUUGUGUACACUAUCCUGUAUAAAAGAUUCAUGUAAAUACAAAUUGUAUUGUUUAGAUCUUUCUGUCACAAGUAAUAAAGAUAUAUAUAAGCCAUAUAAA